AUUAUGAAUAUUUUAUGACCAUUUAGAAAGCUAACUAACCAAAAAUAGUAAUGAUGUGUUAUGAUCGCAGAUAGGAGGGAUAGAUAGUUGUUUAUUACUAUGGUAAAAAAAAAAUAUAGUGAUCAUAAAACAUAAUCCACUCAGGACAUAGUUAUUGCAUUACAAGAAUUGUACCAACCAGUAAGUACUAAACCGUGUUCCAUCUUAUGAAAAGCGCGCAUGAGUGAAACCAACUUAUUUUAACUGCAAUAAUACUACUAACAACAGCUAACUAUUAAGCUAUGCUAUAAUCAAUUACAAUCAUUUUCAUACUGUCCUCAAUAUAAUAAUAAUGUAAUUACUCAUCUACAUGUUGAUGUAAUCGGUUUUACGCUACCAAUUAAUAUCAGAAUAGGUUUUGUGGAUAUUUUAGAAAUUUCACAGGUUGAAUUCAUGAGUCAAUUGAAGCUAGACCACCAUGACAAACCUGGAAGCACUGGAAGGCCGUUUCGUCUCUGUAUGGGACUCCACAGCAGUGCGCAUCCACGACCCCGCUUCGAGGGAUUCGAACCCAGGACCAAUCAGUCUCGCGCCAGGCGCUUAACCAACUAGACCACUGAGCCGGCAUCCAACGGUGUUAAUGUCUAACUUCAGCCAAUCCACGAAGUUGCGCCACCAUACACCAUUGUCUUCGGUGAGUUCCUAUCACACAACAGACCUGGUUGAACUCUACUGGUAAGGACUUCACACUAGAACUCCAGGAUUAUCUCCUGGAGUCAGUCACUAGUGAGCAGGUGAUACCGAUUAAGUUGUAUGGGAACUAGUGACAUCACUCGGAACUAAUUUUAGUGGGAGAUAUGGGGGUUAGAACCUUAGCGAUAAUAUACACGUAUAUAUAAUGUGUUGUGUAAGGGUGUUUAAUUUAUUGAGGUAUCAUAACGGAAAAACACAAAGAUACAAAAUAAUUAAAUCUUUCGUUAAAAGAUGUUAUUGAAAUUAAAUUAACUUGUGAAACAUAACUAAUAAUGACGAGAAUCUCUUGUAUCACUAUUCUUUCUUUCAUUAUUCAUAAACCAUUGGAAUAGUAGAAAUUAUGUAUAUAAUAGUGUAGUAUAUACAAACAUGACUUAAAACUAGUUUAUUUUCUAAUAUGAUAAUUGUGACAAACAAUCGUGAAAAAAGUAGUACAUAUAAGUAUAAACAACAAAUCAUUGUAAAUAAUUCCAUGGAAUUAAUUUACAGCAAGAAAUCACUUUAGCCCGAUAAGUUCAGUCAUUUGGUAUCUAUAUGAAUAAGGAAGAUGCGCUAAUUAAUGUCAAACUUUUCUCAGUGUCGAUAAAAAUCAAUAGGUAAUGUUAAGUAUUUGCCGAAUACAAGUUCAUAUUUGGGGGGAUAUUUUGUAUGAAGGUUAAUAAUACUACUGGGCUACUAUAACUGUAUAGUAGAGGAGGAUGGUUAGAAUUUAAAACCUAUUGAUUAAUAACCGAGUGUUUGGAUCAUUAAGUUAUCGCUUCAACUUAAUUGGUAGUUUUUUCAAACAGUUCAUCCCAACUCAGCUUAUCUGAAGUGAGAGAAAUUAUGAAUUGAAACACAAAAAAUAUAUUUUAAGAUAAAGAAGAAAACUGAAACGAGAACACAAAUGUUAACGUAAAAAUUACAAAAUGAAUUUCUAGCAUACACAAUGUUAUCAUCUGGUGAGAAACAUUUCACCAUCUUAUAUAAAUGUCCACCAAUAUUGUUACUAACAGAUAAACUAGUCUUAUUGUUCAACCUUUCAGAAUAAGAUACUAUUUAAAAAGAGAUAAUUCGUUAACAAAUGCACAUGCACAUACACACACACACGAAAAGAAAAAACGAUACAAUUUCGGAAUUUCAAAUUUCAUUUUUUCAUAGCUCACACAAAAAACGGUAAUAUCAUCUGCAAAACAACAUGUGCAUAUCUAAUUUUUGAUAAAGAAAAAAGAAAAUUUUUUUUUCCAAAAAAAAGGAAUAUUCUUAGUGUGACUACACCUGAUUUGUGAAAUUUCGACUGUGAUACCGAAAUUUUCACAGUGAAUGUAAAAAAAAGAACAUUAACAGGGGGUUUUUUAUUGGUAUUUUUAAAGCGGGAAUUGUAGUGAUUGAUAUAAACGUGUAUAAAAAAAUAGAGUGAAAAACUAUCUUCUUUAGAAAUUAUUGCACAUAGAGUCAAAUGAUUCAAUAGAUUAUUCACAAGAAAGAAUGAUCAAUCGAUGCUUAGAGAAUUAAAUUACAGCCUGUCUCUAUUCAAAUUAGAUAAUCUAGAUAUAGACACAAUGUGUAAUAACAUGUUAAGCUUCAUAUUGACAACCAUUGUAGUGAUCAAUACUGAAAGAGUUGAGAUGAUUAACGCUUUCCAUUAUAAAUGGCAUACUUAUAUGCUAUUAAACCCUUCAGAGUGGAAAUAUUGACCAAAGAGAAUAUUCGAAAAUAUUCAAUAUGAUACUACUCUGUAUAUAAAGUAAUAUAUUCAACUUCGUAUAUAGAAUUCUAUGAAAUUGAUGUACAUAAUAUAUAAAAAUGCAAAUCGAAAAACAGUAUUCAAGACUGGAAUGAACUGUGAUCAUCUAUACAACACAAUAUGGAACCGAAACUAAGAUCUCCAGACUAUGCAGUGAGGAAAACACCUUCAGAUAACUAUGACAAGAGUUCAUGUUCUAAACUUCAAGCGAUUUGUGAUAUUACACAACCUAGUAUAAUCUAAGCAGCUAGUUAUCAUAUCAUCGAAAUCCAAUAAUAUAUUUUUUAUCAUUUAUCUCAGUUAUUUUACACCUGAAUAAAUUCUACAAAGUAAUACCGUCAACAAUAUCCUAUUACAUAAACGGAUGCUGAAUAAUUCUUAAUUCAAAUGUCAAUAAACUCUAGUUACUGAUUUUACAUUGACCUGUAAUCAAUAUUAAUUUGCUUUAUAUUAGAGCGUCGUGAAAAUAUAUACUCCAUGAACGAUUCUCAAGCAAACAUCAAUCAAUACAAACAGUCAGUCAGUCAGCUACAACGUAGGACCAGGCACACAUGUGCAUCGGUCCAAGUUGCCAUACCUCAUUAACACAACAAGAUUAACAAGAACUCAUAGAAGUAGCUAAUUAAUUGGUGGUAAUACAUAAAGGAAAGAUUGCAUAUAAGGACAUAGUACAGAAAGAAAGAAUUAGUUCGUAGAAAGAAAGAUAUAUAGCGAUUUUAAUCUCAUAGAUUAAAGGAAGACAGAAAGUGUCAUACACCUACGCCAUUGUGAUUGAUUCUCAGCCAUAUCACGCAGGGUCUCCAACCAUUGGUUACAAUAGUCACGCGAAACACAACCACGUAGUCUUCAUCUACCAACAUGGCUCAGAGCAGAAGUUAGUGACUUCGAGCACUGAUGCCACGUUUUGAUUUGGCCGCUCCUAACUUUCUUCCAACCAUAUCCAACACUAGUCAGCAUUGCGCGUCGUAGUAAUCGGUGUUCAGGCAUACGUAACACGUGACCCAACUAUCUUAGUCGAUGAGGGUUCACAACCUCAUGAACUGAUUUACCGUCAUUCCCUAAUACCCUGCGUCUAACCUCACUAUUUUUUUUGCCCCCCGAAUGCCCUGGUACGGCCGAGAGUGGGGAGAGUCCGCUCUCCCUCUCGAAAUACUCUCACACGGCCACGCGUAUACAGCCUCUGCCAGGGAAGUCCUACUCAUUGCCUUCUCGUGGCGGGGGUGUUGUUUACGAAAACGAGAGGACGAAAAGUGAAUGUCCGGCGCUUUAACCGGAUUUCAAACCAAUGGUGCACAUGGGCUCCAGUAUCCUGUGGGAACAAAUGGCGUAUGAACCAAUUGUUGGUCACCGGCUUCCAUGGGAUUGCAUCUCCUUACGAUGCUCCACUGCCUUGUGGGUUAGACCUUUAGGUCAAAGGCUCGGGGAGUGGCCCCCUAAGAUAACCACCUGCUUCGGUUUGGGCACCCGGGCAGUAUCACAGCCCACACACAAAUGAUGAACUCUUUAUGUCUGGAAAUUACUUUUCUCGCUUCGAAAAACAACCAAUUGAUUCAAAUUAUUAUCAUUACAAUUAUUGUCAUUAAUAAUACUAUUAUUAUUAUUACUAUUAUUGUCAUUAUUAUUAUUAUUAUUUUCCACAUUAUUCACCCUCUUUUAUACUUAUACAGCGGCUCGUCUUUGGUGGAAAUUCGACUAUAUCUAAACGUUCUCGAGUCACUGUCCGGUUGAGAAUUGUAUGUUACCACCGAAUACGAGAACUGAAGCAGUUUUUCUGAAACCACGUGCACCAUUCAAAGUGGCUGCCUUCAACGUUCGCACAUUUAUGCAGGUCAGACAACAGAUAGGGCUGGCUAUGACUUUGGAAAGUCUUGAUAUUGAUGUUUGUUGUCUAUCCGAGACCCGUAUUCAAGACUCUGGCGAAGUACUACAAAUUCGCUCUCUAUCUGUCGCUUCGAAAAGCUUGUCUGACGUGCGUUUAUCCGGGGACCCUGUGGCAUCUUCGUCUGGUCUUGCUGGCGUUGGUGUCGCACUAAGUGUUAGAGAUGAGGCAGCACUAAUCGAUUAGAUCCCCAUUAACAACCGGUUGGUUAUUUGCUGUUAGAUUAGAAAGUUCCAUCAAAGUGAGAAGAAAUCGGCGUGAGAAACGAUGUCUUUUCGUCAUCUCCGCCUAUGCCCCGACAGAUUGCAGCCCGGAUGCAAUCAAGGUUGAGUUUUACCACCAGUUAUCUGUUCUUCUCCAGAAAGUGCGUUCGACAGAUAUUGUAGUACUAGCCGGAGACUUGAAUGCUCAGGUCGGGCGUCU